UAAGUUGAUUUGAAACACAUUUUUCAAAACCUUUAAGCCAACCAAACAUGAGAAAAUUGAAAAACAUUUUCCAGAAAAUGUUUUCCGUCAUACCAAACACACCCUCUAUCCACUUUCAUUCCAUUUCCAUUUGUCGCAGCUACCAUUUAUGUUGAGGUAACACAUUUCUCUAUGUAGAAGUAACACAAUCAUUUGGACCCCUACUCAUUGAUUUCAUCCAAACUCAACAUUCUCCAAUUUAAUGCCUGGUUUGCCAGCAACACCUUCAGUCCUAGGGCUUGGUACAAAUGCUCUAGUUUAGGACCUUUGACCAGUGACCUUGUAGGCAGAACCAAAAUUUGUUGUUGUAUGUCUGUACAAUUUAGCCUAAGCCUCUAAAUAUGCUUCUUGUAUACUAGCAGACUUAUACAACUGUGGUAAUGUAGUGCAAUGAGUCAACUUUACAACAAUAUUCACCUCUUUCUUAUGGCCUACAAGAAAAUAACUGAUUGCAUUUUCUUGUGACAAGUUGACCCUAGUUAACAUACUUCCAAAUAAGGCUUGCUGCUCCCCAACAACUCCAGUUUGUUUAAUCUUUUUAAUUUCCUCCAUUGGACCAUUAAAAUUCAAACCAAAUAUCUCUACUAAUGCCAUCACAUAUUCAUUACAAGUAGGGGGAGAAGUGUAUUGUCUGUACCUCAAAUAAGACUAGUGUCAUUGCAUUGCUUCUCCUUCUAGAUGCACUGUAGUUGAACCAAUUCCCUUCUCCGUAGAAACUUCAUCAAAACUGAAUGUUGUUCAACUUACUUCACAUUUUCACCAGAAAAUUUAGGGAAAUCCAGCUUUGCAUAUCUAGAAAUGCCAUAUUUUUGAAAACCCACUGAAUUAGGAUCCCUUAUCUCUUCCUCUCUCAUUUGUCUUUCCCUUGAAGUUCCAACUCCGAUCGCUACAGGGAACCCCCCCUCUUCUAUUAACUUCCAGUUGUUCCUUCAAUUCAGCAACUGUUUAAUCCAAGUGCUUCAAAUUAGCCACUUCUGGUUUGAGAAUCCCAAUUUCGAAAACUAAUUUCUGCAUCCAUUCCUUUAAAUCACCUCCAUCGCCAGUUGAAUCACUAACCGAUUCACCAUUUUGCCUUCCUCCUUUUGCCAUUGUUGUCGAGAAUUACUUUCUCUGAUACCAAUGAUACCUAAAAUCAGGAUUUCACUAAUGGACUUCGAGAAACCAAUAGCUGCACAGGGGAAUUACAGGGAUUGCCCGAGUGUUCCAGCUCAAUUAAUGAAAGAUAAGAAGAAGAUGAAGUAUUGAACUUGAGAAUAUUAUUGAUAAUAUUGAACAAUUGAGUACAAUAUCUAUAUAUGGAAUUGAGAAGCUUCUAGCCUCCAACUGACAAGGAAUAUCUGAUAACUACUCCAACUAACUAGGCUAACCAACUGCUAACUUGGACUCACUAACUUUGCUAACGUGUACAGUAGCAACUACUUUUGUGACAAUGUUACUGUUGAAGUGUACAGUAUUAACUACAAUUGUGACAAUGUCCUAUUUUCAUAUAUCAACUUGUGUAGUCCUUUAUGUUUGCCUGUGAUGUUUCAAGCCAAUCUCUGCAACUUAUUUGGGGGAAAGACGGCUGAUAUUGCUAGUUAAGAAUACUACGUCCAAAUCCUUAUUUGAUGUACCAUACUGUCUCUUGCGGUUCCCUGCCCAGGAUCUUUUGCACCUUAACAGUGUUUGUGGGGAUUGCAAAUCUUCUCAGCAAAUAUGCACUGCAUCAAUUUUCUUGAACUUCCCUACUAGCAUUACUGUGACUGCAUUGGUUUUUUUGUAAGGCAAUCUUGAUAAAGCCCACUGUCAUUUGAUUUAAUUUGUGACAGGUCAUUUAAAAUGUAUUCAACACAUCAGUUGUCAUGGAAUGUGAUUAUCCCGACUGAGAAACUUGAGGUUGAAGGUUUAUUGCUUCAGAAGGCAAUUGUUAUUCGCCUCUUGGAAGACUUUGCUUUCAAGAAGGCGUCAAAAGAUCUUGGUUACUUUAUGUAUGUAACUACGUUGAAGAAGAUUGGGGAGGGUAUAGUUCGAAAACACACUGGUGAUGUGAUUUUCCCUGUAGAAUUCAAUUGUGUAACCUUCAAGAUACUCCGUGGAGAGACAUUGGAAGGGGUUGUUCACAAGAUCUUGAAGCAAGGUGUCUUCUUGAGGUGUGGCCCCACUGACAAGGUAUUCCUCUCUCACCAGAAGAUGGUGGAUUAUAAGUAUAUGCCAGGAGAAAAUCCUUUCUUUAUAAAUGAGAAAAUGCCAAGAAUUAAGAAAGGCACUGUGGUGCGCUUCAUCGUGGUUGGAGCUAGGUAUGUGGAGGAAGAGAAGGAAUUCCAAGUAGUUGUGAGCUUGGAGGGUGAUUACCUCGGACCCGUCCUCAAGGGAUGAUGUUGAUGUUUUUAAGGUGCAGCAUGUCUUGGCAGCUACUUUUACUUAUUAAGAUGAUAUAAGCCUUUAUGCAGGAUAAUACCUUUCCAAAGUGAGAGUUCUAUUGACUGAUCUCUCCCUCUCCCUGUAUUUUUAGAUUAUGUAUUAGAAAUGUUAUGAUCAAUAGUUCAAUGAUAGUAAUUUUGAUGCA